AAGACUACCGUUCCUAUGUCGACGUAUCUUGUGGCAUUCGCCAUAUUCGAUUUCGCAAGAAAUAGUUUAGAAACGUUGACAGUUUGGGCAAGACCAGACAUGCUCGAUCAAUCUCGUUAUGCUUUGAAAAUUGGUUCAAAGGCAUUGGCCUAUUUACAAAAGUUGUUCGACCAACCGUAUGAAUUACCAAAAAUGGACAUGGUUGCAAUACCUGAUUUUUCGGCUGGUGCUAUGGAAAAUUGGGGUUUGAUUACGUAUCGAGAAUCCCGAAUGCUUUACGAUGAAAAAGAAUGUUCGGUUGUUGCUCAACAAAAUGUAGCUUCUGUUAUCAUACACGAGAUCACUCACAUGUGGUUCGGUAAUUUACUUACACCAUCAUGGUGGAGUUACUUGUGGUUGAGCGAAGGUUUUGCCAGAUAUUUUCAAUAUUUUGGGACAGCCAAGAUCGAAAACACUUGGAGUAUGGAGGGACAAUUCUUAGUGGAACAACAUCAAGCUGCCUUGGGUGUUGAUGGAAUAGAAGAAUCACAAUCUAUGACAAGAAUAGUUAAUAAUCGAUCCCAAAUUGCUGGAAUUGGUGAUUCUAUAACAUAUGCCAAAGGAGCCAGUGUAAUUCGUAUGAUGAGUCACUUCAUUGGUAUUAAUAAAUUUCAUGAAGCUUUACGCUUAUAUGUUCGCGAAAGUAAAACCAUAGGCAUCGUCAAACCUGAAAACUUGUGGUCAGCGUUUCAAAAUAUCGCUGGUACUUCAGAUAUUAUUAUUGAAACUAUUAUGAACAAUUGGACAAAAGAGCCAGGAUUUCCCGUAUUAUCAGUCACCAUUGAAAAAGGUAAAGCAACGUUAGAACAAAAACGUUUUCUCUUACGAAAUCUCAAAUCCACGCCUGUAAAUACGAGUUGGUGGAUACCAAUCACUUAUACUACGAAAAAGCAAACAAAUUUCGUAUCAACCGAAGUAAAGCACUGGAUGAAAAAUGAAAACGAGAUUAUCCCUGUCGAUGCUUCUGAUUCGGAUUGGGUAAUAUUCAACGUACAACAAACUGGCUUCUAUCGUGUAAAUUACGACAAUGCUUCUUGGUAUCGAAUUAUUGAUGCACUAAAUAGCAAUAACUUUACAAAAAUACACGAAUACAAUCGAGCAGGUAUCAUCGAUGAUCUGUUAAAUCUUGCUAGAGCUGGAUUGUUAGAUUAUCGUAUCGCACUAGACGGUUUACAAUAUCUUAGAGAAGAGAAAAAUUAUUUACCAUUCAAAGCUGCAUUCAGAGGACUUGAUUAUCUCACUCAACGAUUUUCUGGCGACGAAGCUAAUUACGUUUUGUACAAGGUCAAUUUGCUAAAAAGUGUAAAAAAAGAAAAGAAAAAGAAUCACGUUUUAUCGCUCAUCGAAAAUGUUUAUCGGGGACUCGGUUACAUAGAUCGAAAAAAUGACGAUCGAUUAACGGUACAACUACGACGAGAACUUAAUGAUCUCGCUUGCAAAUUCGAUCACGAAGAAUGCGUUUCUAAUUCACUGGGAUUCUUCCGCAAUUGGAUAAACGCGACUUCUAGGAACCGAAUCGAACCGAAUCAACGAUCGGCAGCAUAUUGUAUGGGAAUACUUCACGGUAAUUUGGACGAUUGGGAACGCUUGUGGAAUCAUUACAAAACUUCCAAAGUGGUAUCCGAACAAGUGGUCGUUCUAAGUGCACUUGGAUGCAGCCGAAAUAUCGAUAUCUUAGAACAGUAUCUCCGAUAUGCCAUUUCACCCUACGAAGUAUUUAGAAUUCGCAAGCAAGACAGUACCAGCGUAUUUUCGGCAAUUUACAGUUCGAGCAUAAUCGGAAUUAAUACUGUUCUCGAUUUCGUUGAUAAAAAUCACGAUGCAAUGGCAAAGUAUUACGAUGGUUACGAUACGAUCGCGAGUAUACUCUCAGGUCUAUCUCGAUAUCUUUCUACGGAUGAAUUAAUAAACAAGUUCGAAAGAUUGAUUAAAAAGCAUACAGAAUUUUCUAAAAUAACUAAAUCAUUAAUGAGCUCACUGGAAUUAGCCAAAUACGAAUUGAAUUGGUACAAGAAUAAUGUUGAUCGUAUUAUCUCGUGGAUAAAUGAUAAUAAUCAUAAGUCUGACGAUCCAAUUAUUAACGAAUACCGUUUACCUAACAAUGUUAUUCCGGAAAAAUAUAUACUUAGUUUGGAACCUUUCCUCGUACCCGACAAUUUCACUUUCAAUGGUAACGUUCAAAUUGUAGCGACGGUCGUUAAGAAAACAAAUAAAAUCGUUCUACACGCUUCAAAUAUUACCGUACAUAGCGUUAAUGUAUUGGUCAAUAACGAAGAAGUCAAUGUUACUGAGAGCUAUGAAAGCAUUUAUGACUUUUUCGUGAUCAAGCUCGAAAAUGCGUUAAAUGAGAAAACAGAAGUGAGCAUUAUCUUCCGAUACACGGGCAAUCUGAACAAUGCAAUGAUAGGAUUUUACAAAAGUUAUUACAUAGACAGUGAUGGAAAACAAAGAUGGUUAGCCACUACUCAAAUGGAACCAGUCGGUGCCAGAAAAAUGUUUCCAUGUUUUGACGAGCCCGCAAUGAAAGCUGUUUUUACCGUUGAAGUUUUGAUACCGGAUAGUUAUCACGCUAUUAGUAAUACCGAUCCCAGGGAGAUCAAGAAGUUGAUAAACACUGAUAAAACACUGUAUCGCUUUGAAGAUACAGAAUUGAUGUCAACAUAUCUAUUGGCAUUAGUGGUUUCCGAUUUCAAUUAUGUGCAUCAUCAAAGUGAAAAAAAUUACUCGAUAUGGUUUAGACCUAAUUCGUUUAAUGAAACAUCUUAUUCUCUCUCUCUGAUGGAACCUCUUGUAAAAACCUAUGAAGAAUUAUUGAACAAUAAUUACACAUUGAAUAAGCUCGAUAUGAUAGCUUUACCAGAUUUAUCAUUUGGUGCUAUGGAGAAUUGGGGCCUUCUUACAUUCAGAGAACAGUAUUUACUUUUACAUUCGAAAGAAACGAAUAUCCGUGAUAUUCAAACUGGAACUAAUAUAAUAUCACAUGAAAUUGCCCAUCAGUGGUUCGGAAAUUUAGUUACUCCUUUAUGGUGGAAAUAUGCUUGGUUGAACGAGGGCUUUGCCACAUAUUUUGAAUACUUCGGUACAUCUCAUAUAAAACCAGAAUGGGAAUUGGAAUACCAGUUCGUCGUAAAUGAACUUCAUUCAGCAUUUAAAAGAGACGCUUUAACAUCUAGUCAUCCUAUGAGUUAUGAUGUUUCGAUUCCUACGGAAAUAGAAGAUAUUUUCGAUAAAAUUACUUAUGCCAAGGCUGGAAGUGUUAUAAGAAUGAUCGAGAAGACUUAUGGCAGCGAUGUUUUUUACGCUGCAUUGCAGAAUUAUCUCGAAGAACGAAAGUACAACGUAGCGACCCCAGAAGAUCUCUACCAAGCUAUCUCUAAUCAAUUACCCGACCAAACGUCUUCGAAUGGUGUAAGCAAAUUUCUAAAUUCAUGGACAACUCAGGCUGGAUUUCCUGUCGUCAAUGUUACGAUAGAUUCAAAUGGUUUGGCGACACUUUCUCAAGAACGCUUUUUCUUGAGAAACGAAAAUGGCGAAUCCGUUAAAAAUAUUUGGGAAAUACCGAUCACGUGGACGUCAGAAAAAAAUCCUAAUUUUAACAACACGAAGCCACAAUUUUGGUUAAAUCAGAUUGAAAUGAAAAUAAUGACGAACAAUAGUGAAGGUUGGAAAAUUUUCAAUAUCCAACAAGCUGGUUAUUAUCGUGUAAAUUAUGAUAUCGCUAAUUGGAAGCGUAUCAUUGACGCUUUGACUAAACAAAAGUUUGAAAAGAUACACAAGGUGAAUCGCGCCGCGUUAAUUGACGAUCUCAUGAAUCUUGCUAGGGUCGGAUACGUUGAUUACGAUUUACUUUUCUCAGCUACGGAGUAUUUGAAAUACGAAAAUGAGUAUUUACCAUGGCGAGCAUUUUUCAAUGGCUUGACGUACUUGCAUAAUAAAUUCGAAGGACAAGAAAUUUUCGAAUCCUUGAAGCAACACGUCCUAAAACUGAUAACUUCGAUAAUUGAAAAAUCAUUAAAUAAAGAGUCUCUGUUAUCUGAUCUUUUAUUUAUGGAAUUACAUAAAUGGGCCUGUAAAUAUGAAAGCAAAUAUUGCUCUCAAUUAUCUAUAUCACCGAAUGAGCGACCCGGUAUAUACUGUGAAGUGGCUAGAAGAUCAUAUAUGUGGAACGACCUUUGGAAAGCAUACAUAAAUUCUACUAUCACGUCAGAAAAACGUGUAAUUCUUAAGGCAUUGGGUUGUACCGAACAUACCUAUCUUAUAAACACGUUAUUAAAUAGAGCGAUAUCGGGAAACUCCGAUAUACGAUAUGGAGACAGCAUUGGGGUUUUCGCUUCCGUCUACGAGAGCUCCCAAAUCGGUGUAAAAACUGUUCUGAAUUAUAUGACUAUGGCGUUCGAAAAUAUUUAUAAUUAUUUUGAAGAUGAAUCUGCAAUCAAAAGUAUUAUGGGAGGACUCGCGGAAAGAAUAUCAACAGAAGAGCUUUAUGAACAGUAUAAAUAUGUGACGGAUUUUCUUAUUAGAAAAGUACCAACGUUAAAUAAUACUUUACAGUCAUAUAACGAUCUUAUACUUUACGAACUUAAUUGGUAUAAAAGAAAUAUACCAAAGAUAUCAUAUUGGUUGGAGAAACGUUAUCCUCUAAAUAAUAAUCGUUUACCGACAACACUUUAUCCGCUUAAUUACAAUCUCUCGAUUGCCAUAAGAAAUAAUAUGUUACUCGAAGGAUCCGUUAAAAUAGAUAUUCAAGUCGAUAAACCAACCUUCAAAAUAGUUCUUAAUUCUUAUGAACUCUUAAUUGCUCCUACGGUGAUCGUUUACGAAACUCCUAUUGGAACCUCUGACAAAGAUUUGAAAUAUUUUGACAUCCUCGGUUAUGAGCUAAUCCCAAAAAAUCAACAGCUAAUCAUUUACCUUACUAAUCACAUCGAGGUACCAAAAGUAACAGUGGAAAUAGAGUUUUACAAAAUAUACAUCUCUGAUAAAGAAAUGAAAGGCUUGUAUCGUGGUCACUACACAAACAAUAAUGAAUUUCACACAUAUCUUGCCACUUACUUCCAACCAAAUUAUGCCAGAAUGGUAUUUCCCUGCUUUGACGAGCCAGCUUUCAAGGCCAAAUUUAAAAUUCAUAUCUUGCGAGAUAAAUCGUAUAAAACUUUAAGUAAUAUGCCUCUUGAAAGAUCAUUUCCUAACGACACGAAAUACACAUGGGAUAUUUACAAGGAAAGUUUAAAGAUGUCUACGUAUUUAUUGGGUUUCGUUGUUUCCAAUUUCGUGCCAAUUAAUAACGAUAAAGAAAAAUUUAAUAUUUGGGGAAGAGAAGAGAUCAUUCAGUAUGGUGAUGAAGUACAGUAUGCCGCUUAUAAGUACUAUAAAACCAUUAACAAGAUUCUCUUACAAGUGGAUGAAUCGGAGAAAAUAGAUUUUGUCGGAUUGCCAAAAUUUCCUAUAGGGGCAAUGGAAAAUUGGGGUCUUUUUACUUUCAGGGAAUCUCAACUCUUCUACGACAAAGAUAUUACACCUUUGUCAAGAAGAUAUUCUAUAUUGACUACAGUAUCACACGAAAUUUCUCACAAAUAUUUUGGAAAUCUGGUUACUUGCGAGUGGUGGAGUUAUACUUGGUUGAACGAAGGCUUUGCCCAAUAUUUUCAGUGGUUGCUUCUAAAAGCAAUAGAUGAGACUGAAUUUAUAAAUCAUUUUAUGGUUAAUGAUAUGCACGAAGUCUUCGGUAUAGAUGGUUUCAUAUACUCUCAUCCACUAAAUUAUCCUGUUUCGGAUCCAAAAGAUUUAAGAAAACCAUUCGAUAAAAUCUCUUACAAAAAAGUUAAUCCAGAUAAACUUUGGAAUGAGUUAGAUAUCUAUAUACCAAGCAACGUUUCUUUAGUAAGAUCGAUGAAUGAAUGGGUCAAUAAGCCUGGAUAUCCCGUCGUAUCUAUCUCUUACGAUCAAUAUUCCAAAAAAAUGAGGAUUACUCAGCAACGGUUCCUGUAUUACACAUAUGAUGGACCUUCUCACUUCCACAUUCCUAUUUCCAUAGCUACCGAGGAGGAUCCAAAUUUCGAUAAUACCAUGCCACAAUUUUGGUUAAGAACAACUGAAGAUACAUUUGACAUUGAUUUGAAAGAUCAGUGGAUUGUAUUUAAUAUUCAACAAGUUGGAUAUUAUAGGGUGAAUUAUGAUAAUACGUUAAUGACAAGAUUAAUAAAUAUCUUAAAUAGUAUCAAGUAUCCUAUCAUUCACGUGAUAAAUCGUGCGCAAAUUAUUGAUGAUGCAUUCAAUUUGGCUCGCGCUAGUAAUACUUAUUCUAAGGUUCUCAAAUUGGCACUUUAUUUACGUCGAGAAAGUGAACAUUUACCUUGGAAGGCAUUCGGACGGGGUAUUAACUAUCUCUGGGAACAUGUAAGACAUUCUGGAAAAAUCGAUGCUCUUCAGAAAUAUGUGUUAUAUUUAACGGAUGAGCACGUAGCAAGGCUUGGAUUUAAUGACACUUAUGAUGAUUCAGAUACAUGGCAAAAACGUAGUAAAGAAAAUCAAUUAAACAGAGAGUUAAUACUUUCCCUAAAUUGCAAAUUUGGUGGUAAAACUUGUAUCGACGUGUCGACAAAAAUAUUCAAGAGUACUGAGCUAUUUACAACAAUUCCUCGGAAUGCCAAACCUGCAAUCCUUUGUACGGGCAUAAAAUAUAGCAGUCCUUAUGAUUGGUUAAAACUAUGGUUAGCCUAUACAGAAACUACAUUACAUUCGGAACAAAUUCUUUACUUAGAUGCUUUAGGAUGUUCAGAAAAUGAUACAACCCUAAAUCAAUACCUUCAGUACAUCUUCAAUGAAAAUGCGUUAGAAUUUAUACGAAAAGAAGAUAUUCCAAGAGCCUUCGCAUCCAUAUACAAAUCUAGCGAUAUAGGAUGGAAAAAAUGUUAUGAAUAUUUAAUUAAUCAUUAUAUGGAGAUUUAUAAUUUAUUGGACAAUUGGAACGACGUUAGCGCAUUAUUCUAUGAAAUUGUAAUACGCAUUCCAGAUACACAAACACUUGAUAAGUUUAAGUUUUUUAUGCAAAAUAAUGAGGAAAAUCUUGCACCAAUCUCAGAUGAAUUGUUAGAAGCUACACAAAUUGCAGAGAAAAUGAUAUUUACAAAUCAGCAAUUGCCAUCACAAAUACAAUCGAUAUUGGAAGAUAUAUUUAUUCGGAUGGAACACGAGGAACAUUCAAAAGGCAAUUCAGGAACUUCAAAUUUAAAUAUCGUUUUUCUUACCAUUGUAUCUUUAAUAUCACUUCUUUUAUUCAAGUAGAAAUGAUUUUGUUUAAUACCGAAAUAUUAUUGUACGAAAUUUUAAAAAAUAACAUAUGACACACAAAUAAUGUUAAAAAAAUAAUUAAAUUAAACUU